AUGUUCAUCGGUGGCGGCUUUGGACCAUGGAAGCAUCCACCAGUCCACGAAACGCUGACCCUCGCAGCCCUCAUCGCAUCGGAUUACAAGCUGGACCGAAAGACGACAUACAACAAAGCGAUUCAAGAAUAUGAUUACGAUAAUCUAGAAUUCCUCCGAGGUAUCGUCUGGAACGAUGACCCAGCAUGUAUGCUAUUCAACGACGAAGGCCUAUUCGCACCCAAGAGUGAUAACUUCAGCCGAGGGUUAGGCAAAGAUUGGUUCGUGAAGUUCAGCGAUGGACAUGUCUUUGACGUUGACUGUACCAAGAACGGCUGGUUUGGACACAAGAACAUCAUCGCAAGGUCGCACUUUGGAGAUCUACAGUUCCUACACAGCAUGGCAGAUGAGCCAGGAGAGUUGCCAGAAGAGACCAAGAGGAAGAUCCUCAACUGGAUCGAGGUCAUGUACAAACUCGCCAUCGGGGAGAUAUCUGUGCAGACGACACUUCGCAAUGUCGAAUUGACGCGAGAUGAUGGCGAUUCCAUCUUCCCACUUCGGGAUCUCUUCGACGCCGCCACGAUACCGAAUCACCAUUGCACAAUACACAGCUUCCUCACCGCCGACCACGCUUACGUGAAUGUCAAGCACGAUUGCAGAGCACUCGGCAGCUGUAUGCACGUUAUCCAGGAUUCAUACGCUCGGGGACAUUGCCAUCGGCCUGUCAAAGAUGACGGACCUCCCAAGCGAUUUGGUGAAGUCGAAAACUUUCAUUCAUUUCGUGGCCAGAACUCGGAAGAACAUACGAAGUACGACUUUGGAGCUGAGGAGGGACUGGAAGAUCAUGACUGCUCGGAUAUUAGCAGGUUCGAGGAGAUGGAUGGGUGCACUGAUGCUAUUGACAAGUGUACGACGCUGAUCAAUUUUUGGUGCAGGAAGGCACCGUGGGAGGAGGUACUGGCUUGGCUGAGGGCGGAUGUGUUCGCUGUGUCGGAGGAUGCUACGGCGUCGAAUACGAAUGUUGACUGA